AUGUUAAUGUUAUCAUCUUCUCCACUGAAUAUAUUAAUAACAGCUUGCACUCAUACAGCUAUUGAUAAUCUUCUAUCGUCGAUAAAUCAUUUAAAAAAUUAUUUUAACUCGUCACCACAAUAUCCUCAAUGGUAUCAAUUAGCUAAAAAGCUAGUCGUAUUAAAAAUUGAUUCUAGUAACUAUCGUGAUCUCUCAUCAUUUUAUGGAAAGUGUUCUUUAGUUGUUGGCUCCACAGUUUGGACAUUACAAAAAGUUGAACAUUCGAUUGUUUUUGAUAUUAUUUUUGUUGAUGAAGCAACACAACUACUAACAAGUGAUGCUGUUCUAGCUAUAAAUCGUCUAGCUGAUCAUCGAGAAUCUCGAUUAAUUGUAGCUGGUGACCCAUUACAAUUACCGCCAAUAAUACAUUGUGUUUAUCCAGCUUUACCUCAUCCAGUACCUGACUUAUUUUCAUCUAUUUUCCAUUGUUUACUACGCGAUGAAAACAAUAUUCCAAUACUAUUAAAUACAGAGAAACCAUUUGAAAAAAUGUCACACUGCCCAUACCUAUCUAUUUUUGAUGAAAACCAUCGUAUGAAUGAUGAAUUAUCUGAUUUUACUCGUCUUUUAUACGGUGAAAAUUAUCGUCAAAGCCGUUCGACACCUUCAAUUUUUAUUCGUUCGAUUGCCGAUUCAAAUAAAUUUCUUCUUGGUUCUCUUCUCCAAUCAUGUAGCUCGCUUUAUACACUUCUAAUUGAUUCACCAUCCAGUUCAUUUUCGGCUCGUAGUGAAGAUCUCAAUCUUGAAUCCAAUCUUGUGUAUUCUCUUAUUAACGAACUUGUUUCACGUAUAUCUCUAUCAUCAAUAUUUAUAAUUACUCCGCACCGGAUGCAGCGUUCUGCUAUUCGACAAAAACUUUUAAAAAAUCCGUUUUCGAAUGUUUCUAUAACAUAUGAUACUGUAGAAAGAAUGCAAGGGAAAGAAGCUCAGUGUAUUAUACUUUGUAUGUUAUAUAGACAACGUGAAGUACUUGAAAAUGAAUUGGAUUUUAUUUAUAAUCGACAACGUAUUAAUGUUAGUAUGACUCGUGCGCAAGAAAUAUGUAUUCUUUUAACAUCACAGUUGUUAUUGAACCAACCGCCGUUAGAAUUAUUUAUUGAUGAAAGCACAAGAAGCGCUUAUACGUUACUAAGUAACUAUGUUAAUAAAUCCAAAAUACGAUUAUUAGAUGACUAUGGCAAUAUUAAAUGA